CCAUACAAUUCCUCUUUUGCUCUCUUGCUCUCCAGUCUUCCACUGUGUGCGUGAAUCUGUGAGUGAUUACUAACGUUUUAGACGACCUUGUGGUGCAGGUAGCACAUACAGACGGGCACAGCCAUAUAUGAUGGAUCUGAUUCACCAGUUCAUGAACAUGGUGGUUCUUCCAACCACUCUUAUCACUCUCUUCCUCUUCCUACCAUCAUUCCUGUUUUUCAAGUUUUUACUCUUUAUCAUAAGAUCCAUCUUCUCUGAGAACGUCGCCGGUAAGGGCCUCAUUACUGGCGCUUCUUCCGGCAUCGGUGAGGAACUUGCGUACCAAUACGCUAAGAGAGGAGCAUGCCUAGUCCUGGUUGCGAGGAGGGAGAAGAGUCUACAAGAAGUUGGCCAGAGGGCUCGUGAAUUGGGCUCUCCCGAGGUACUUGCCAUCAGAGCAGAUGUUUUCAAGCUCGAAGACUGUAAGCGAUUUAUCGGUCAAGCGCUUGAUCACUUUGGCCGAUUGGAUCACCUUGUGAAUAACGCUGGGGUGAUUUCGAUCUCCAUGUUCGAAGAAUUAACGGAUAUUACAGACUCCUCACCGGUGAUGGAUAUAAACUUCUGGGGGUCGGUCUACCCAACCCAUUUGGCAGUUCCUCACCUCAAAAGGAGCAGAGGAAAGAUCAUUGCGAUCGCUUCCUCCGGUGGAUGGUUGCCCAUGCCCAGAUUGAGCAUCUACAAGGCAAGCAAAGCAGCAUUGAUAAGCUUCUUUGAGACAUUGAGGGCUGAACUGGGUGAGGAGAACGGGAUCACGAUAGUGACACCAGGGUUCAUCGAGUCGGAGAUGACGAAGGGAAAAUACUUAAAGAAAGGAGAGGAGAUGGAGGUGGACCAGGAGAAGAGAGAUGUGAUGGUAGGGAUGACCCCUGUGGGUUCCGUGGAGGGAUGCGCCAAGUCAAUCCUCAACAGCGCCUGCAGGGGUGAUCGGUACCUCACGGAGCCAUCUUGGUUCAGUGUGUUGUACCUGUGGAAGGUGUUGUGCCCUGAGGUGCUGGAGUGGUGCUGCCGCUUGCUCUACGCCUCCGGCCCCGGUGCUUCGCAGAGAGAUGCUCUGAGCAAGAAGAUCCUCCACUUCAUCGGCGCCAAGAAAUUCCUCUACCCUUCUUCCAUCCAGUCCCCUGGCCCUGACAUCAAGUCUGACUGAGAACUCGACACACAGGGAAACAGAGAUCGUCUUCUAAAAAUGUAUAUAAUGUGAGUCUUGUGUUUGUUGGGCUUUCAAGUUUCACCCUUGAAACCCUUCUUGAGUCGGGCCUGGGCUAGGCUUUACAGUCCAUGGGCUAGAUCAGAGAUGAGAUUUUCAAACUUAAGGUUGGGACAGGCUGGGCUUACACUGAGGUUGGGUUCAACUCAGCCCAGCCCGGCCUAUUGCACACACUUAUAUAGUUAUUGUAGAAACACAACCAUAAAACGAUGCAAAAGACAAUGGAAAAACAAGAACAAACAAUGUACAUAGGUUUAUGAGGUUUGGCAAGAUUGCCUACAUUCUUAGUGAGAUGAAAUCUUGCUUCA